UGCAGACCUCUCCACCAUUGCCCUCUCCCCCUCUUCCCCCUAUUCCAAUCGGGAGUCUUCUUCGAAUUUGCAAUCUUGCCUCCAGGAGAUCCUCCAUUCUAUCAAUGGAAAUAUGCAUGUAUCUCUUCAAGAUAAAUCAAAAUUUUCUUUGUUGGGUCAGUAUGGAGCUUGUGUUAACUAUGGUCAAAAUGGAGUAGAAGAGGAUGAUCUGAGAAAAACCUGCACUCACGGUGUAGAUGGAGUUUGUGAAUGCUAUGGACAAUGGAGCUGUGGAUGCCUUAAAUUUAAUGGGUUUUUAGGCCAGUGUAGACAGGUAUCUAUGGAAAGUAAUUACUGGAUUAAGCUGGCCUAUGAAUCUUUUCGUCUUCAAGCCAAGGGGAUUCAUUGGGUUCCUAAAUUGCAUCAUCUUCAUUGGAAGAAGGAAAUAGUGUCUCAAUGCGAUGUCCAUGUUAUAUUAUACGAAACUCCAACAUACGGUGCUCACCAUUUCUCAUUGUGAUACUGGAAUUCUUCUGAGCAUGGUAAAGCUUCUCCUAAGAAGCCUCAGUGGGUUGAUGAGCUUCAACAAAAGCAACCUUUAAAUGACAUGUAAAAAUAGUUCACGGGUACCUUCUUGUGGAGCUAGGACAGUUUCUAUAUAUAUAUAUAUAUAUAUAUAUAUAUAUUCUUAAUUUUAAAAAUUUGAAAGCAGGAUACAGUUGUUUUGGCUAUCAACAUGGUGGAGAGGUCUGCAAAAAAGU